UGCACUUCGUAUGUGAUAGAAGAGGCCCUUAGACAAAAAAGAAAACUGCUAACAUGAGUGUAUCGACUGUCCAUCAGGCCCAAAUGAAAAAAAAAUGAAUUUGUUAGCAACUCGCGACCUUGCUGUUCAUACACGGAGACUGCGGGUCUGUACAGCACUGCACCAGCUACACAACGAGGCAGCGACCAGCCAGCCAACGAGAAGACGACUCUGCUGGCCGCCUACAGACUAACGGCUACCGAGCGCUGCCGGCUGCUCUAGCUCGUAGAUCCGCCGCACGCCCAGCCUGAUUGCAGGUCAGUCGCCGCCGCCACCCGCCCGUCUGCUGCACUGCCGCACCUACACGUCGUAUAAAUCCCCCAAUUUCCGUCACUAUUCAACAAGUGUUUUGCUAUUGAAGCACGUCCUCAGAUUAUAUAUACUUCGUUAGCUCAAAGUUGGUUGUAGAUACGACUUACCCCAUAAUCUGUAGAGAAGAAGCUUCACAACUGUCUCUACACGGAGUUUUCAAUCCAUGGAGGUUUUGACUGACUUAUAAUAACAUGUAAUGGACUAAUGGCUAUGUCUGGCUCAAUGUCUCGAAUCAGGAGAUUUUUCAUUCUUUUUCCUGUCAAGCCAUUUUAUCCCUCAUCUCCUAUCCCCUGGUCAAGUUCAAGAUACUCAAAGCCAAUUGCAGAUCUGUCAUCAACGUCGGGAUAUAGAAAUCCAUUUAUUCCUCUAAAUAUUUGGUGGGGGCAAAGAAACUUUAGUCAUGGAACUGUGAAUUUUGUGAUAUCUUCGGAUGGGAAACCGAGAUUUGAAACUUUAGAAACAGACCCCCCUAAGAAGGAAAAAUGGGUUACAAAGAAACGGCUGAAAGAGAAGAGGAAGAGAGAGAAAAAGAAGAGGAAAGCGGCAAAUAAGAGGGAUCCCCGAAGGCUGGGAGUCAAGGGAAAGAAGAAGAAGCAGAAGUUUGCUACCGCUGAAGAAAGAAUUAAGAACAAGAUUGAAAAUGCAAAGGUUAAAGAAGCAAUGCUAGUUGAGAGAUUAAAGCGUUAUGAGGUUUCCAAAGUUCAAGGUCCUGAAGUCAUGCCACACAACCUCACUGGGGAAGAAAGAUUUUAUAUAAAAAGAAUGGCCCAAAAAAAGUCAAAUUAUGUCCCGAUUGGUAGAAGAGGUGUGUUUGGAGGUGUUAUUCUUAAUAUGCAUCUCCAUUGGAAAAAACAUGAAACUGUUAAGGUCUAUUGCAAGCCUUGUAAACCUGGUCAAAUAAAAGAGUAUGCUGAUGAGAUUGCCAGAUUGAGUGGUGGGAUCCCGAUUCAGAUAAUUGGUGAUGAUACCAUAGUUUUCUAUAGAGGUAAAGAUUAUGUGCAACCAGAAGUGAUGUCACCAAUUGAUACACUGUCCAAGAAGAAGGCAUUGGAAAAAUCCAAGUAUGAGCAAUCACUUGAGUCUGUAAGGCGCUUUAUUGCCAUUGCUGAGAAGGAACUUGAACUCUAUUACAGACAUGUAGCUCUUUAUGGUGAUCCCAGUGACCGUAACCCUCAUUCCAUCCUUAAUAGCUCUACAAGAAAAGAAGGGGGAGAGAAGCUCAAGGAGAUAAAGGAGGAUUCUUUAAUGGCAAAAGAAGAUUUUUAUGAAUCCGAAGUAGAAGCAGAUUGCUCUGGUCGGGAGUUAUCAGAAUACGAAGAUGGAUCAGAGACAGAAACAGAUAAUUCUAACCAAGAGCUGUCAGAUUACGAUGAUUGUUCAGACGAAGAUCAGUUGGCAAGUGAAGCAGAAUCUGUGGGUGAAGAGAGGGAAAUGGGAACUUCUUGUUGGGACUGCCAAAAAAGGAAAUUGGGAACUUCUCCCUGGGACGGAGGUAGUAUUCAGUGACUGAGUUGCAACAUGCAUGAAUAUUCUAAAGACGAAUAGUUUGCUGAUUUCAUCUGGAUCAUGAAUGUAGUAUAUGGCCAAACCUUAACAAGGAUAGAGAGAAAGAUGAUGAAUUAUAACAGUAUCCACCUAUGCUGUUAUGUGCUGAAACAUUAUGAUCCUAAAUGGGAAUUUGAGAAGGGACUCAAACAAACAUGUAUGGCUAUGCAUGAAAUAGUCGCUGGAUUGGAAAUCGGAUGCAUAUGGCUUGUAAUUUGAACCAGAUGGUGAACCCGCUUGAUCCAUAGCAGUAGUCUGAUGAUGUUUUUCUACACCUUUCAUGAUCGAACUGUGACCAACUUUUUCAUGCUUUCUGAUUUCUUCAUCAAUAUGCAGAUCUUCAUCAAUGGUCAGAAAAGUAGUUUGUGUGCCAUGUGGACCUGGGAUAAUCGCUUCAUGAACUUUUAUAUGCUCAUCCAGCUUUACAACAUCUCUUUCUUUAAACAUUCUUUUCUUUCUCUUUUUGAUAAAGCAACAUAGUGCCACAGAGAGAAAUGCAAGAAAGAACAGACCACCAAGUGAGACAAAUAUAAUGAUGACAUGGGAAUGAUGUCCAGGUGGCGGUGGAGGAAUAUAUGGGUGUGGUGGGGGCUUAACGGCUGGUGGCGGUGGAGGAAUAUAUGGGUGUGGUGGGGGCUUAACGGCUGGUGGCGGUGGAGGAAUAUAUGGGUGUGGUGGGGGCUUAACGGCUGGUGGCGGAGGUGGCAGAGUAUGUGGUGGAGGUGGCGGCUUGACAACAGGUGAUGGAGGUGGAAUUAAAGGACUUGGUUGCCUUGGUGCCGGAGGUGGUGGUGGUUUAGGGUGAGGUGGUGCUACCUUUCGUGGAGGUGGGGGAGGUUUGAUGGGUGGGCUUGGCGGUCCCAUUCUUGGAGGAGGGGUGUUAGGCUGAUGUGGUGGUGCCACUUUUGGUGAGAAUGGUGGGACUUGUGGUGGAGAUUGAAAUCCAUAAGGGGUUCCUGGAGGGUAAAAUGGGAAGAACUUGAUAUUUUGGAUACCAGCCAUUUCUUGUGUAAUUAGUUAAACUAGUUAGAAUAUCCCCUUACUGUGUGCUCAUCUCUAUUGUCUGAGUGAGUUUUUAUAUUGGUGGUUUUUGAGUUAUACUUUUAAGUUUCCUAUUACUUGACUGUUAUGUAAAGGCUUUUCUUCGAUGGGGCUGUCUUUGAUUGCACUGAAAUUCACUCUUUUUAAUUGCUCCCAAUUGAAAU